GGCCAGCGCUCCCCAUAAAGAACAACGUGUUUCAGGAAGAAGUUGGCGCCUGAAGCCUCGUAUUCGGUUAGCUAGUACGCUAACCGAAACUAUGAAAGAUAUUCCGUUAUAUUAAAUUUUCUUCCCAGCGUUGUUAAAGCGUUUCAAAAUGAACGACAUGGAAUUCAGCGUCCCCCUGUCUUCUUUGGCUCUCCUGGUCCCUCCACUACGACUGAUGUCUGCAGUGAUGUGGGAAGUGGUGCGCCAGAGGAACAUAAAGCACUAUGGGAAACUGGAGGAGUUUGUGUCCAUGGUAACGGAUGCAGUUCCUGAACUGAUGAGUAAAAGAGAAGGGAGACUGCUCUCUCUAGGCCUGAGGGCAAGGACAACUCUGGAACUGUUGCGUUCUGAACAUCCUGAAGAUCUCAAGGCUGUUGAGACCCACCUGAACCGAAUCCGAUCUUCUUGCAUCGAGGAGACAAAUGAUCCAGUAAUUGAAGCACCAGAGGCAAACUUUAUGAAGCUGGUUCAAGGCCUCAUUGAAGACACUGAUGGCAGAGAACACUUUCUCAAGAAUGUGUUCCCUGUGGAGUAUGGCCCUGACUUUGACACUGCACUUGAGACUCUAGUUUGUGAAUUCUUCACAAGACUAGAGGAGCUGCUGCCAAUUCCAGACUUUAAACAGACUGCAUCCUGGAUCAGUGCUGCCCCCUCUGUCCUAGAGGAGUAUAUGCAGUGUGUCUCAAAUGGAGAUGACCUCAAAUUCCUUCUCCAGAGCAAACAGUGCCACGGGAAAUUGGCAAAGAGCAGCAUUGCCCCAUUUCAGUCAGAUGAUCUUCUGAUUCCCUCUCUGUCUCUCCCUCCAUCUCUGGAAGUGGCCAUCGCUUCCCACCCAAGUGCUUGUGAUGAUGAAAAUAACGACGUCCCUCAAAUUGUCAUGUUCGAUGAAGAACUGUCCACGAACCCUUCCACUUCAACAGACUUCCCUGAAUCGCCCAAAAGGACUGACAUCACCUCAUCUCCUCGCAGGAGGCUCCAGUCAGGAAUCCAUAAAUGCCCAGAGUGUGAUAAAUGUUUUAAGCAUCACUCUGUCCUCAUCGAACACCAGAGAGUCCACAGUGGGCUGCAGCCCUACAACUGCUCAGAGUGUGGGAGGGCUUUCAGAACAGCCACUCUGCUGGCAGGUCACAGGCUGCGGAAAUGCAAAAAUGCUGCAUAUCUGUGUAUUAAAUGUGGGAACAGUUUUCCAACCUCACUGGACAAAUUCAGACACCACUGCCCAAAACGAGGGCGCAACUAUGACUGUGGGCACUGCGGAAAGAGGUUUCCAAAGUCUAGCAGCCUGAAGGAACACCUGUUAACUCAUGUUCAAAGCCGCCUUUUCAAAUGUAGCCAUUGCGGAGUCGGUUUCUCAGGAAUUGGUGACCUGAAGUAUCAUCAGCAAGUCGAUCAUGAUAAACCUUAUCAGUGUAAGCAAUGUGGAAAGAGCUUCAUCUCCUCAAAGAGUCUGACCAAACAUCAACAACGGCAUGAAGAGGUUGGCGAAAUGGAAGCCGCAAAAUUAAUGAUUGGAGGUAAACAUAGAAAAGGUGGUUCAGGUCAUCGGACUUCCUCUUUAUCUCUGUCGUCCAGGAAAACGGGCAUCAAAGGUGUGUACCCACGAGGAAGAGUCACCCACAACUGUCCGCUGUGUGGAAGGAGCUUCAAGUAUCGUUUUGAGUUUCUCGAACACCAGCGAUUCCACACGGCAGUGAAGCCUUACAAAUGCUCUCAGUGUGGUAAAGCCUUCCGCACAGAGGCACACCUGUCAGGACACAGGAAGAGAAAGUGUAAAAACGCUGCCCACAUUUGCACCAAGUGCGGCUGUCAGUUCAGAUCUUUGCACGAGCGCGUCAGACACCAGUGUGUGCAGCUGCUGACAAAAUACGAGUGUUCUCAUUGCGGAAAGACCUUCAAGAUGGCUCAUCUGCUGAGGAACCAUCAGCUGAGCGAACAUCAGCUUCCAUACAGCCCUAACCAUCGCUUCAGGUGCAGAUACUGUGACGAGACCUUCCCCGGCAUCAGCGAGCUCAAGUACCAUCAGAGGGUUGACCACGAGAAACCCUACCAGUGUCAGGAAUGUGGCAAGUGUUUCCUGUCUGAAAAAUGUCUGGCCAAUCACGAGCUGCGGCACAAUGAUGACAGACCAGAGAGCUGCAUGGUCUGUGGCCGCGGCUUCAGAAACCGAUACGAUCUGAAGCAGCACAUGCGCACUCACACAGGAGAGCGACCUUACCAGUGCACUCACUGCUCACAGUGCUUCUCCACAGCAGGAGGACUCAGGAGUCACACCAGGGUUCACACAGGAGAGAAGCCACAUGUUUGCCCAGACUGCGGGAAGGCUUUCUCCCAGAUGGGUGCAAUGCGAACCCACAGGCUCACCCAUACAGGAGAACGGCCGUUCAAGUGCACAGUGUGCGGUAAAGGGUUUACAAUGGCACACAAAGUGACAGUUCACAUGCGUGUGCAUACAGGAGAGCGGCCGUACGUGUGCUCUCAGUGUGGGAAAGCCUUCUCAGAUGGAAGUGUGUUGAAGCAGCACAUGCUGAACCACUCAGGGGUGAGACCAUACCACUGCCAGAUCUGUCCCAAGACCUACACCUGUCUGAACCACCUGAGGAGACACCUAAAGAGCCACACGAACAUGAACUGAGUCAGACAUGAAGGCAAACAGGAGCAGAAGCUAAUAACAUUUUAGACCUAGACUGAAACACUUCAUUGGCUACUAAAAUUUCAGAGGACCAACUAAACUUAGCAAUACAGAAUAUAGCGUGAAGGUCUAUGUUUACUGUUGAGACUGAGGUGAUCAGAUGAAUUUGCUCUUCGUUGUGAAGUAAAUGUAACAAUAACCUCCAUUUAUCAAGGACUGUGACAACCAGCACAAACAAAUGGUUCUUCUCCCUCAUUCCUCACCACUCUUUGAGUGUUUUUUUUUUUUCUUGUACAUCAGUUUCUUAUGCAUGAACUCACUGGAUGUUAUGGUGGACAUUAUUUUACAGAGCUCCAUAUGGUUCACAGAGGAGAAUAUUUAUCUAAAGUACCUUUGCAGUCUCUCGUAGUAGAUUUUGCUUUAUCUUUGAAUAUGUCCUUGGAUCUAUAUAGAAAGGCUGAGCUGUAUUGUAAUACAUCAAAGAGGUGCAGGUUGGGACCUCUGCAGGAGUCAGUGCCACCUAAGCUGUGACUGCUCAAGCACAAGUCUCUGCUGUUGCGGCUGUGAAGAUAACCAGGGGAGCACAGCACUUUUACCGACUGCUGUAAUGGCUGAUUAAAACCGACUAGCUGGGAUUACGACUGUAACCGUGGGUGUACUUGGGUUGUUAAGACACAGGGUGUGACACAGUAGUUUAUAAUGGGUGUAGUAUCAACUCCAUGCAGCAGUUCUGUGUGUGGUCAGGGUUGCAUUGAAGCUAUAGUAUCAGUAACGCACCUGACAAAAGCACAGCAGGUUCAAAUCCUGUGUGCCUGAACAAGAAUUUAUUGGCUGAUAUUAGAGACUCUUUGCCUUGUCAACAUGCCCAUAUGGUGCUUUUUAAAAAUAUAUAUAUAUGCGAGGACCACGUUGUGAGCAUUUCCUUAUUGAAACUGCAGACGAAAGUCUCAAAAGGACAGAUUCAGACAUCACAACUUGCAUAUGUAACAUACUGAAAGAACCAACCCUGUCAGCUUGUAGAGCAGAGCUUUUAGUAUCUGGUUCCACUAUUUAAGGUGGAAUUACAUUAAUUUUGCAUGUUGCCAUUGUGUACCGUAGAGUUUGAGCUGCAGCGAGUGAGACACGGACUUCAUAGAUCCAUGUAUUCUAGGCCAUUUUAAGGCAGUUAGGGGUUAUUUUAGUGUAAAAAAAACAACUUCUGAGCGUGUAACUUUAACAGUUUUUUGACAUUAAUUUACAGACAGGAGAGGGGCUAGCUAGACUGUAGUUGUCCAAACAGUAACCAUAUCCAGCAGUAACUGUUGUCACUGUCAGCCUCUGGAUACUGUCACAGCUCAGCCUUUUGAAAGCGGUAAUAAACAAUAAGUGCAUCAUGUGAACUGUCACAUUGUCUCUCUUUUCUGUAGUAUCUGGAAAUCCUCUCCCUAAACUGGUAGCUUAAUCUAACUAGUCUGGACCAAAGCUCUAACUCUUCAUGGAGACUGAGUGAAUGCAAAUGUAGUCGAGAAGUUUUUCCUCUGUGACCCAUAGCGACCUCUGUAUCAUUUAAAAGACAUACUGUAUGUUCAGAAGUUGUAAUAUUGGUGAGAAUAUAUUUUUUUGGAAAGCAACAGAAGUGAAGUCUGUAAAUACGCUGGAGGACGAAUAUUGUGAGAAGUUAAAAGGCUUGAUGCUGUUUAUUUCAACACGAUACUUACUUUAUUCCUUUAGGCCUUUUCUAUCCCUACCGUGGUUUGCAAGGUUUGAGUUUCAAAUUAAAUCGCCUUGGUUUCUCUUC